CUCAUUUUUUACUUCACCACCAACACCACCAACAUUAGAAAAACAUUACAAAACAUUGAAAAACAAUACUCAAAGAAGAAUUUUUUUAAUGCGAACAAAACCACCAGCAGUCUGUCUGAGAUACUCGCAUGAAUCGCAAGUUUCGGUUGUCGGAUUAAAUUUAAUCAAAAAACAAUAUUUCACCUUAGUGGCAGAAAUUAAGUGAAUUGCUUUGAUAAAUAACAGAUUAGAUAAAUAAUUGCAAGGUCAAAAAUAAUAAUUGCUUAAAAAAUCAAAGAAUAUUUAAAAAAAAGCUCAGAAAUUAAAAAAAAAUUGUUAAAAAAAAAUUAACAAGUAAAUAUUAAAAAGUUUUGUGAUAAAUUUGGAAGAAUUUGUUAGAUAAAAAGAAGGUAAAUUCUUAAGCAUCUAAAAUUCCGGAAGAAAUUAAAGGCUGGGAAACAGAUCUGAUUCU